CCAAUUUCAUUCAACAACGUUUCAGAAAAGCCCAAUCCAAGCGCAACAUGUAAACCCUAGCACUAUCGUUUCAUUCCGCCUCUUAAAUUCGCAAACCCUAACUUCAUUUUCUCCUCGUUUGGGUAUCAAAUUCUUCUAGCAGCAGCAGAAGACUAGCUGCUUCAGCGAUGGUGAAAUACUCGAGGGAGCCCGAAAAUCCCACCAAAUCUUGCAAAGCCAGGGGCUCUGACCUCAGAGUUCAUUUUAAGAACACAAGAGAGACUGCCCAUGCUAUUCGGAAGUUGCCUUUGGUCAAGGCUAAAAGGUACUUAGAGGAUGUUCUUAUCCACAAACAAGCCAUCCCAUUCACACGCUUCUGUCGUGGAGUUGGGCGCACUGCUCAGGCAAAGAAUCGCCAUUCAAAUGGACAAGGACGUUGGCCUGUUAAAUCGGCAAGAUUUAUUCUGGAUUUACUGAAGAACGCCGAGAGUAAUGCAGAAGUUAAGGGCUUGGAUGUGGAUUCGCUUUACAUAUCUCACAUCCAGGUUAACCAAGCACAAAAGCAGAGGCGUCGCACAUACCGUGCUCAUGGAAGAAUCAACCCUUACAUGUCAUCUCCCUGCCACAUCGAAUUGAUUUUAUCCGAAAAGGAAGAAGCUGUCCCGAAAGAGCCUGAUACUCAGUUGGCUCCUAGGAAGGCCAAUAAGAAUCAAGCUCUACGCAGUGGAGCUUCUUCUUGAAUCAAAGUGGUUGCUUGAUUUCCGAAAGCGAAGAAUUACGUCUUUUAUGUUUUCAGCUUCGUCAGAACAUUUUUGUGAUGCCAUCGAAAAGGAUUGUUAUGUCAAAGUUUAUUUCAUGAGAUUCGAAUACUAAAUUCUCUUUUGUGAGCUCCGAACUUAUGUUUUAGCAUGAUCAUUUCACUGUUUUAGAGGUUUUUUUUUUUUUUUUUUGUUUUAUAGUUCACUAUUGAUAUGAA